CCGACACCGAGAACCCAAACACCAAGGGCCGACAACUGGCUGGACCAGGCCCGCCCUUACACGAUAAUUCCACACCGUCCGGAUAGAGGCUCACCUUUGGCCAGCCAUGGACGACUUCACCUCCCUCGAACUGCUGUCGCUCGUUUCCAGAGUCACCUCCGAACUGCAAAACCACUUGGGAAUCAACGACAAAACUCUCGCCGAGUUCGUCAUCGACCAACAUGAAAAAUGUGGAGGGAACCUGGACAAGUUCAAGGAGGCCCUGGCGGGCAUGGGAGCGGAGUUUCCCAACAGCCUGGUUGAGAGUAUCGAUCGGCUGAUCAGGACGAUGCAUCCCAAGUACAAAAGAGUCGAGAAACAACCCGUGCAGGGAAAUGGUACUUCGGACUUGGACGAGUUGGAUGCGAUCGGACGCAAAGCGAAAGUUUUCAAGGGCCUUGCAGUUCCAGAUCGCGAACAGCCUUGGACCGACUCCGAGGAUGACAUCGCUGCACAGAAGGCGAAGCGGGCAAAUCACUCCGCAGAGGACGACACCUUUGCACUUCUCGAAGGACUUGCAGGAAACUCAAGGAAUGGCACAAAUGGCACAACCGAAAGGAACAGGAAGAGAAGUCGCAGUCCCGGUCGUGACGACUAUGCAAGAGACCGAGAACCAAGACGCAAAUACUGGUCCCGAAGUCCGAGCCCUCGCGAGGAGAAGAGGUCGCGCAGGUACCAAGAUGAGGGCUACGAAGACAGAAAUAGGGAUUACAGAGACCGGUACGACGACAGACGAAAUGGGCACCAUAAGAGCAGGCGACGCGACUAUGAUGAACACGAUGAUUUUCGCAGGCCGCCACCUCGUGAAGUCGAUGAUCAACCCGUGCUCUAUAAAGUCUACGAUGCAGUGAUCAAUGGAAUCAAAGACUUUGGAGCAUUUGCUAGUCUUCAAGGUGUCAAAGGCAAUGUCAGCGGACUGAUUCACGUCUCGGCUAUCCAAGAAGGCGCGAGGGUCAACCACCCGUCGGACCUCCUAUCUCGUGGACAGCACGUGAAGGUCAAAGUUGUCAAGAUGGAAAACAACAAGGUCAGCUUGUCGAUGAAAGAGGUUGAUCAGGUUACUGGACAAGAUCUUGUUCCUUCUAGGAGGAUAGCCUCUGGCGCCAAUAUGGAACGGCUCAAUGGUCUGCCGUCUGACGACCGGUAUGGAAAUUUAAGCAGCACAGUCCCCGUUAUUGAAGACGGCUACACCUCGAAGCCUGGCAAGGGGCGAAAGAGAUUAACGUCCCCGGAACGAUGGGAAAUCAAGCAACUCAUUGCCUCAGGUGCAAUAUCCGCACAGGACUAUCCCGAUAUCGACGAGGAAUACAACGCCACCUUGAACGGAGAAGACGAGUUUGAGGAGGAGGAAGAUAUAGAUAUUGAGGUCCGAGAAGAGGAGCCGCCCUUCCUCGCAGGUCAAACCAAGCUGUCCCUGGAAUUGUCACCUAUUCGAGUUGUGAAAGCCCCCGAAGGAUCUUUGAACAGGGCGGCUCAAGCUGGUACAAAUCUAUCAAAGGAGAGGAAAGAUCUCAAGCAACAGGAAGCAGCCGAGCGAGCCGCGGAAGAGGCAUCCAAAGUCGAUCUCAACGCGCAAUGGCAAGAUCCGAUGAUCAACCCUGAGCAGAGAAAGUUCGCGUCGGAUCUGCGACAAGCCCAGCAACAAUCCUCUCGAGCUAUAGAAGCUGUCCCUGAGUGGAAACGAGCAACCCAAGGCAAAAACCAGUCUUACGGUCGCAGGACAGACAUGACCAUUAAGCAGCAAAGGGAGUCACUUCCAGUCUUCAACUUUCGCAAACAAUUGCUCGAGGCUGUUGCAGCGAAUCAGUUACUUAUCGUGGUGGGAGAUACCGGUUCUGGUAAGACCACCCAGCUCACCCAAUAUCUUGCUGAGGCCGGGUAUGCGAACAACGGCAUGAUCGGUUGUACCCAGCCUCGCCGCGUCGCAGCCAUGUCGGUCGCGAAGCGUGUCUCCGAGGAGGUUGGGAGUGAACUGGGAAAAGAAGUCGGCUAUACGAUUCGUUUCGAGGAUCGAACCUCGCCAGACACGAGGAUCAAAUACAUGACUGAUGGAAUGCUUCAGCGAGAGAUUCUACUGGAUCCGGAUCUCAGGCGCUAUAGCGUCAUUAUGCUGGACGAAGCACACGAGAGAACCAUUGCCACCGACGUUUUGUUUGGGCUCCUCAAGAAAACACUAAAAAGGCGGCCUGAUCUGAAGCUGAUCGUCACCUCAGCCACUCUCGAUGCGGACAAGUUCUCUGAAUACUUCAACCAGUGCCCCAUCUUUUCCAUUCCCGGUCGAACGUUCCCAGUCGAAAUCAUGUAUUCAAGAGAACCUGAGGAAGACUAUUUGGACGCGGCGCUGACGACUGUCAUGCAAAUUCAUCUAACCGAACCGCCGGGUGAUAUCCUUCUGUUCUUGACUGGACAAGAAGAGAUCGACACCAGCUGCGAAGUUCUGUACGAAAGAAUGAAGGCUUUGGGACCUAGUGUUCCGGAACUGGUCAUUCUACCGGUCUAUUCUGCUCUUCCCAGCGAAAUGCAGAGCCGGAUUUUCGAGCCUGCGCCGCCUGGUGGCCGAAAGGUUGUUAUCGCUACGAACAUCGCUGAAACGUCUAUCACUAUCGACGGAAUUUAUUACGUGAUCGACCCCGGGUUUGUCAAGCAGAACGCCUAUGAUCCAAAGCUCGGAAUGGAUUCGCUAGUUGUAACUCCAAUUUCUCAAGCACAAGCCAAACAAAGAGCCGGUCGGGCAGGGAGAACAGGGCCAGGCAAAUGCUUCCGCCUAUACACCGAAGCAGCAUAUCAGUCUGAAAUGCUACCUACCUCCAUACCAGAAAUUCAGCGUCAGAAUCUUUCGAACACGAUCCUUAUGCUCAAAGCAAUGGGCAUCAACGAUCUUCUACAUUUCGACUUCAUGGAUCCACCACCGACGAACACUAUGUUAACAGCCCUCGAAGAACUCUACGCACUCUCCGCCCUCGAUGAUGAAGGUCUUCUCACAAGACUAGGACGUAAAAUGGCCGAUUUCCCCAUGGAGCCGUCGUUAUCAAAAGCUCUAAUUGCGUCUGUGGAUUUGGGGUGUUCGGAAGAGAUGCUCACCAUUGUGGCGAUGCUCUCGGUACAGACGGUGUUCUACCGGCCCAAGGAAAAGCAACAACAGGCCGAUCAGAAGAAGGCCAAGUUCCAUGAUCCUCACGGCGACCAUCUUACACUACUGAACGUCUACAACGCAUGGAAGCAAUCCCGAUACAGCGAUCCUUGGUGUUUCGAAAACUUCAUCCAAAAGCGACAAAUAGCCCGCGCCAGGGACGUACGCCAACAACUUGUAACGAUCAUGGAACGGUAUAAGCAUCAAAUUGUGUCCUGCGGCCGCAAUACAAUCAAGGUUCGACAAGCCCUCUGCGCCGGGUUCUUCAGAAAUUCGGCGCGAAAGGAUCCGCAGGAGGGGUAUAAAACACUUAUUGAGGGAACGCCCGUGUACAUGCAUCCUAGUUCCGCGUUAUUUGGAAAGCCAGCCGAGCAUGUCAUCUUCCAUACACUGGUGCUGACGACCAAGGAGUACAUGCACUGCGCAACCGUGAUCGAGCCCAAGUGGCUAGUUGAAGCGGCCCCGACGUUCUUCAAGGUCGCCCCGACAGAUCGCUUGAGUAAGCGCAAGAAGGCAGAGAGGAUUCAACCCUUGCAUAAUAAGUUCGCCAGUGGCGAGGAUGAUUGGCGGCUGAGUGCGCAGAAGAGGCAGGGUAAAGGAGGAGGUGGUGGUACCUGGGGUUGAAAUCGAUAGGUUGGAAAUACGCCUUGCGCCUCUUGGGUACGUGGACGUUGAACCUACUAUUGCGGCAGAAGGAAGGGAGGGCGUCUUCUGGCCCAACGAAGCGACGUGUGUUUAGCAUAGAUGGGAGCCGCGAGAUACCUGCCGCAAUGCAAUUGACAAAGUCCAACCGCGAGGUGCUCGAACAUUCAUGCAAAUGGCAGCCAUUUCACAGUGGUAUGACCUGGGGAUAUAUGUUCACCAUUUCCUUC